CACCGCGGGAACUAGGCGCCCGCCGCUGGUCCGCUCCCUUAGCGCUGCGGCCUGCGCGCAUGCGUGCACGCGGGCCGCGCCUUUUCUCACACCGCACCUUCCGCUACCGUGGUUACCGUUGGUGUUUGCGAAUUCCCAGCGGCAACUGAGUCGCGGAAGACCAGCGCCGCCGGGUUUCAGCUGCGGUUUGAUAGGCGCGCGCCCGCGUCACGUGGGCAAGGCUCCUGCUCGGUCGCUGGCGGGCCGCUCAGCCGGGAGGAAAGAAGCUUGUGGCUACCGCUCACCCUCCCACUGCGCCCUAGGGCUGGCGCGCGGAUAAAAAUGGCGAAGUGUGGGUAGCUGGCGCCGAGCCCGAAGCGAUGGGGCACGCAGGUGGGGCGGUGGUCGGAGACCCCUGAUGUAGGCGCCCGGCUGUUCUCCGCGGCGAUUUGACUUGGUGACCUCAGGCCGGCGCCUAACAGGUCAGACCACGGACUCCGCGGGUCGCCGAGCGCCCCGCCGAGAGCCGGAGGCAAUGGAUGAACAGAGCGUGGAGAGCAUUGCUGAUGUUUUCCGAUGUUUCAUUUGUAUGGAGAAAUUGCGGGAUGCACGCCUGUGUCCUCAUUGCUCCAAGCUUUGUUGUUUCAGCUGUAUCAGGCGCUGGCUGACAGAGCAGAGAGCUCAAUGUCCUCAUUGCCGUGCUCCACUCCAGCUACGAGAACUAGUCAACUGUCGUUGGGCAGAAGAAGUAACACAGCAGCUUGAUACUCUUCAACUCUGCAGUCUCACCAAACAUGAAGAAAAUGAAAAGGACAAAUGUGAAAAUCACCAUGAAAAACUUAGUGUAUUUUGCUGGACUUGUAAGAAGUGUAUCUGCCAUCAGUGUGCACUUUGGGGAGGAAUGCAUGGUGGACAUACCUUUAAACCUUUGGCGGAAAUUUAUGAGCAGCAUGUUACUAAAGUGAAUGAAGAGGUAGCCAAACUUCGUCGGCGUCUCAUGGAACUGAUCAGCUUAGUUCAAGAAGUGGAAAGAAAUGUCGAAGCUGUCAGAAGUGCAAAAGAUGAGCGUGUUCGGGAAAUUAGAAAUGCGGUGGAGAUGAUGAUUGCACGGUUAGACACACAGCUGAAGAAUAAGCUUAUAACACUGAUGGGUCAGAAGACAUCUCUGACACAAGAAACAGAACUGUUGGAAUCCUUACUUCAGGAAGUAGAGCACCAGUUGCGAUCUUGUAGUAAGAGUGAGUUGAUAUCUAAGAGCUCAGAGAUCCUCAUGAUGUUUCAGCAAGUUCAUCGAAAGCCCAUGGCGUCCUUUGUUACCACUCCUGUUCCACCAGACUUUACCAGUGAGUUGGUACCAUCUUAUGAUUCAGCUACUUUUGUUUUAGAGAAUUUCAGUACUUUGCGUCAGAGAGCAGAUCCUGUUUACAGUCCACCUCUUCAAGUUUCAGGACUUUGUUGGAGGUUAAAAGUUUACCCAGAUGGAAAUGGAGUUGUUCGUGGUUACUACUUAUCUGUGUUUCUGGAACUCUCAGCUGGCUUGCCAGAAACUUCCAAAUACGAAUACCGUGUAGAGAUGGUUCAUCAGUCCUGCAAUGAUCCUACCAAAAAUAUCAUUCGAGAAUUUGCAUCUGACUUUGAAGUUGGAGAAUGUUGGGGUUAUAAUCGAUUUUUCCGUUUGGACUUACUUGCAAAUGAAGGAUACUUGAAUCGACAAAAUGAUACAGUGAUUUUAAGGUUUCAGGUUCGUUCACCAACUUUCUUUCAAAAAUGCCGGGACCAGCAUUGGUAUAUUACUCAAUUAGAAGCUGCACAGACUAGCUAUAUCCAACAAAUAAAUAACCUUAAAGAGAGACUUACUAUUGAGUUGUCUCGAACUCAGAAAUCAAGAGAUUUGUCACCACCAGAUAAUCAUCUUAGCCCCCAAAAUGAUGACACUCCUGAGACACGAGCUAAGAAGUCUGGAUCAUGUGCUGACAUGCUUCUCCAAGAUGGUCCUACUACAGCUUCUGUAAGAGAGGCCAAGGAGGAUGAAGAAGAUGAGGAGAAGAUUCAGAAUGAAGAUUAUCAUCAUGAGCUUUCAGAUGGAGAUCUGGAUCUAGAUCUUGUUGGUGAAGAUGAAGUAAAUCAUCUCGAUGGCAGCAGUUCUUCUGCCAGUUCCACAGCAACAAGUAACACGGAAGAAAAUGACAUUGAUGAAGAAACCAUGUCUGGAGAAAAUGAUGUGGAAUACAACAACAUGGAAUUGGAAGAGGGAGAACUCAUGGAAGAUGCAGCUGCAGCAGGACCUUCAGGUAGUAACCAUGGCUAUAUGGGUGCCAGUAGCAGAAUGUCAAGAAGAGCACAUUUAUCCUCUGCUGCUACCAGUAGUUUAUUAGACAUUGAUCCUUUAAUAUUAAUACAUUUGUUGGACCUUAAGGACCGGAGCAGUAUGGAAAAUCUGUGGGGCUUACAGCCUCGCCCGCCUGCUUCACUUUUGCAGCCCACAGCAUCGUGUUCUCGAAAAGAUAAAGACCAAAGGAAGCAGCAGGCAAUGUGGCGAGUUCCCUCUGAUUUAAAGAUGCUAAAAAGGCUCAAAACUCAAAUAGCUGAAGUUCGAUGUAUGAAAACUGAUGUAAAGAAUACACUUCCAGAAAUAAAAAGCAGCAAUGCUGCUUCUGGAGACAUGCCGGCAAGCCUUCUUUCUGUUGACCAGGCAGCUCUGGCUGCAUGUGGAACCGAGAACUCUAGCAGAUUACAGGAUUUGGGAAUGGAGCUCUUGGCAAGGUCAUCAGUUGCCAGUUGUUACAUACGAAACUCCACAAAUAAGAAGAGUAAUUCACCCAAGCCAGCUCGGUCCAGUAUAGCAGGUAGUCUGUCACUUCGAAGAGCAGUAGACUCUGGGGAAAAUAGCCGUUCAAAGGGAGACUGUCAAACUCUGUCUGAGGGCUCCCCAGGAAGCUCUCAGUCUGGGAGCAGGCACAGUUCUCCCCGAGCCUUGACACAUGGCAGUAUCGGUGACAUUCUGCCAAAAUCUGAAGACCGGCAGUGUCAAGCUUUGGAUUCAGAUGCUGUUGUGGUUGCAGUUUUCAGUGGCUUACCUACUAUUGAAAAAAGGAGAAAAAUGGUCACCUUGGGGACUAGUGUUAAAGGAGGUCGUCUGGAAGGAAUGCAAAUGACUGAUUUGGAAAAUAAUUCUGAAACUGGGGAAUUACAACCUAUACUACCUGAAGGAGCUUCAGUUGCCCCAGAGGAAGAUACACGUUCCAGUUUUCCUGAUGGUGAACAAAUAGGCCCUGAAGAUCUCAGCUUCAAUACUGAUGAAAGCAGUGGAAGGUAAUUUUCAAAUCAAGAAAACUGACUUGCAAGCUACCUUGAAUUUUGCUGUAGUUGGUGCUCAAACUUGUCAACAGUCAGAUAAUCAGAUUUGGUCUUAUUUUUUUCAUCAUCUCUACUUGAAAUAGUAAUUCUGAAACUUUAGAAAGUAGCACAAUUCUAGUGUAAGACAUUAGUACACAGGAAAAAGUUGUGGGGGAAGAAUUCUGUGUAAUGUAAUAAAAUAACAGUGUAGCCUCAAUUAAUUUAGUAAAUAGUAUAUUCAUAAAAGGCAGUUUGUCUACUGUAACAGAAGGGCAAUUAACUGCCAGGAAACGUACCUGGAGACAGUGCAUGCACUCAGUAACCUGCUCAGCAUCGGUGCUCUUCUGUCUUGGCUAGACACUCAGUUGUGUUUAAAUGACCACCUUUAUAUUUUGGGUUUUAAUUAUAGUUUAUAGUUUCACUAGUGCCUAUAGAUUAGUGAGCAGAAAUAUUACUAAUGUGUAGAUUCUUCCCUGUAGACACUUUAUGUGGAUAACUGAAGUAACACUAGACUGAAUCUCCUCUUUAGAAUAUGUUGACUGACUGAGGUUAAUUUAUUUAUCUUUUCUUGUUUGUUCAAGUGCAGGCACACUAAUUAAUGACACCUAAGCUUUCUUUUGUGUGACCUUUACAAAUGUAAUUUUAAAUGAAUUAAGUUAAUAUGGAUUGGUUAUGUUUCUGGUCGUAUGAACACAUGUAAGAACACUUAAAAUUAUUUCGUUUUUUCUGCUUCUUACUAAACAGUUAUAAUGUAACGGGUAUUUUAAAACCCUGUUUUCUCCUUUAUUUUCAUUAGUUGGACAUUGAUUUCAGUGUCAAUACAUUUAAAGAUUCUUAUAUAUUGUACUGUGGCUUACAUGAAACUGUGGUAUAAAGUUUACUUUCAUACUCAGAAAUAGUCCAAAAUAAUUGCCAAACUUUAUCAUUGUGCUCUUGCAUUUGUUUUUGAGCUGCUAUGCUAUUUGUGAAAAUUACACUGAAAGUUGACUAAGAGACUAUUGAAAAAGCAUGAAUAUAUACACGUGAGAGGCAUCUCAUCUGCUUAUUUUUUACUUAAUGAAUAUUGUUCCCCUUUCCAUGUCUAGUGUCUUGCCGAAUGCUGUGUGAUUCAUGGUUUGCUUUUCUUCAAAACAGUUGGCACUUUUUGUUAAUAAAAUGAUGCUGAGAAAA